AUGAAUUCGCUGAAGCUUCUCGGUCUCGCUCGUCCCGCCUACAAUGCCGUGGUCGCAAGGUCGCUUUGCUCACAUCCCCUUGCGGACCUCUUGGGACGACUAAAUCAUGUCGCCAUCGCUACACCGGAUCUCAAAAAAGCUUCGCAGUUUUACAAAAACUUGGGAGCGAAAGUCAGCGAUCCUGUGCCACAACCAGAGCACGGCGUGUACACCGUGUUUGUUGAACUGCCAAAUUCAAAACUCGAGCUGCUGCAUCCCCACGGAGACAAGUCGCCAAUUCAGGGUUUCUUGGACAAAAAUAAGGCCGGUGGUAUGCACCAUAUAUGCAUUGAAGUCGCCAACAUUGCUAAAGCGAUGGAAACCGUGAAGUCGAAAGGAAUUCGAACACUUGGUGAUAAGCCAAAAAUCGGCGCCCACGGGAAGGACGUGAUAUUCCUGCAUCCAAAGGACUGCGGCGGUGUACUGAUUGAGUUAGAACAAGUAUAA